AUGAGGGCUGUGGUGCAGCGUGUGGCUUCUGCCAGCGUCGAGGUGAGCAGAGAAGCCUGUUCUUGAAUACUCGCUGUUCCCUGGGGCCAGCGAGGGGAGUGAUGGAAUUGUUGAACUGACGCUGGCAGGUGGAAGGGCGCGUCGUGUCCGAGAUUGGCCCAGGUCUCCUCGUCCUCGUCGGUCUCCAUGAAUCUGACCUCGAGGCCGACGCUGAUUACAUGUAUGGCUUCUCUCCCCCUUCCCCUCACAGGAUCCCGAACUGAGGGGGAGAUGCACCGAAAAAUGGCAGGUGGCAUGCCAUAUCGUUGUGGGAACCUUCCCAAGGGUGACGGGGCACUGAGAUAUGGUCCACUGCCUUGAUGUUAGAUUGCGUGCUUCGUUCUCUUUCGACUAUAACACGGCUGUAUUUUGGGAACCGCAGAUGCAGGAAGGUAUUGAACAUGAGGUUGUUUCCUAAUGAGAAAAAUGGAAAAGCAUGGGACCAGAGUGUGAGUCUCUGCAUCUUUCUCAUUUUUCUUUGAUCCAUUGAGAAAAAUGGAAAAGCAUAUUUCCUAAUUAAAAAAUAAUAUAUUUUAUAAUUAUUCUAUCUCAGGUAAUGCAGCGGAAUUUUGGUGUUCUAUUGGGUACGUGGGAUCUCAUCCCUGCUGAAUUGUGCAUCCAUAUUCUUACUCAAUGUUUGACCUUAAUUAUUCUAGCCUAGGCUUGGAUAUAUUCCACGGACGUGGUCCCCACUUCAUUUAGUGACAAUUUCGGGUGUUUCUCAGUGAGCCAGUUCACUUUGUAUGGCAUUCUAAAGGGAAACAGGCCAGAUUUUCAUGUUGCCAUGCCUCCUCAACGAGCAAAAGAUUUCUAUGCCGCACUUGUCGAGAAAUUUCGUGGAUCAUACACUGCAGAUGCAGUAAAAGGUGACAAUAAUACCUGGUUUCAACAUAGUAAUUUUUGUGGUUACGGACAUUGCACUUGACAAUGUUUUUGCAUCCAAUAGUAAGCAUAAUAUCAUGACAGCUUAGAGAUCUCGUGUGAAUAUUUGGGCAUCCUGAUCGAGGAGAUGGAAAAGUGCUUAAUAUUCUAUAACUUCUUUGAUUCGCUAUCAUUUUAAUUCGAUCUCUGGGUAAUUUAUUUGUUGUCUGAAGGCAACGUAUAAUAACCAUCCGAGAACAUCCAGCCGUUCUGCUACUUUGAAUUCCUUGCUCAAAUGCUAGCCGAGAAUAUCCAUUAAUACUUAUUAUACGUAUUCUAAUCCUAUGAGAAAAUGUCCCGUUGGCAAUAAUAACCUUUUUCUAAUAUAUUGUUGGAUACAUGGUAAAAAAUGUGGACUCAAGGAAUUUUUUUUUCUUCUACUCAAAUAUUCUAUCGUAACGAGGCUAUUUUUCGCACAGGGUUGUUCAUAUUGGUGUAGAAAUGAAAUAUUUUAUUUUCAAAGUCGAUCCUACGCAAUUAGCAUUCGCAUUUCACUUCAACCUUAUUCAUGCACAUUAUUCAUUCUGGUCAAUAUGCAAAGUAUACUCCUAAAAAAAUUCGUGUCCUUUUGUUUCUAUAUUCAGCCGUUUUUUUUGGCCAAACGCACUUAUGUAUGACCUAGGUUGGCCCUUAGAUUUUAUUUUUCGAUAGAGGUUCUGUUUCUAUUGAUUGAUACUUAUUUUGUCUGGUAUCGUUUUCUUUUUCCAGAUGGCAUAUUUGGAGCAAUGAUGAAGGUUGAUGCGGCCUAAUAUCCUUGUUCGAUUUUUUGUUCAUGACUAGCCAUUAUUUCUCUCCUCUCAAUGUUUGUUUCUGGCAAAUGCCUGCAGGUGAACUUGGUGAACGAUGGCCCAGUGACCAUGCAAUUAGAUUCUUCACGCACGACAAGGUAUCCACCGAUGAUCUGUGCUCUACCAUUACUAUUUCUAGGCAUUUUGAUAGGAAACCGUAUUCCAAACCUUGAUAAAUAUGAAAUAUGUUGGGUUAGGAAAUUGUUUACACCAGUAAUGGACCUGCUUGACUGCUACUGGAUGACUAAUGUUAAUGAAGGAAAUAAUUUACUGAGGAAUUGAACAUUGAUGGUACAACACCUAAUCCAAAUUGGGUCGGAAUUCAGGAGUGCCUCUGAGGUGAGUGAAGACGCCCAAUGAUCAGACUUCAGCUGAAAAAUGUCAAGAAGGUAAGCCUCUCUCUCUCUCUCUCUCUCUCUCUCUCUCUCUCUCUCUCUCUAUCUAUCUAUCUAUCUUAUGGUCCAGCCAAUGACUUCUCUCUGUUUCAGAAAAUAAGCGUAUCAUGAAGCUCUCCGAUUUGGUUUGUUACAGAGGAACUCUACGUCUUCUAGAGGGUCGUUGCGUUGCCUGCAUAGGGGAGGUCUUGAAGACAUCUCACCUUUCUCAUUCAUGAACCACAAGGGAACCAUACAACUGGUUCGAGGGUCUACUUUGCUUUAUAACCUCUCUUUUCAGUCCAUCCGAUUAGUUCUGCUGUUGGUUUUCCCAUGCGGUUGAUUGAUUCUGGCAAUGGCUAACAUUAGGUAUAUACUUUCAAAUAUAUGAUGAGACUCAUUCUUUUUUAGGUUAGUCAAAUGAGUCUUGUCAUGUGUAUCGAGGAAGAGUCAAUGCUUAUUGCAGUCAACCCCUGUAGAACUAUUUUUAUGUAAAAGAAAGGAAACCCACAGAAGUCAACUGCCACAUAAACUCUAAUUAUGCCGACUCAAAAUCACCGCGGUCAAUCCCUUCGCAAGCGCUCAAUAUUGUGUGAAAAAGGUCAGAACAAGUUGCAGUCAACUCCCAAUUCAGAUACGGAUGGUUUGAUUGAGAUCCACCGAGUAUCACGGUUUUAUGAGGUAAAAUAA